GCUUGUUGUGGCGUCGUCGUCUUCCUCCGCACCCGUUCUUCCGCUCCGCGCUGCCUCUGCUGCUCGAGGGAAACUAGGAGUCGUAGGAGGCGUUUUUCUCCGGUGACAGCCCUGCCGGCCGUUGUCUGAAACCUUUCUCCAGUGUCGGUUGUGUCUGGAGGACGGAGAUAGUGUGUUGUCUGUGUUUUAAAUGCCGUGGGAACGGCGAAGGGAGACGACAGUGCUGGUAGUCCUGACUGUUCAGCAGGAUGAGUGAGGCAGAGGGUCAGUUCUACAGCGUUCAGGUGGGCGACUCCACCUUCACUGUACUCAAGCGCUACCAGCAGCUCCGCGCAAUUGGUUCCGGGGCCCAGGGCAUCGUCUGCUCUGCAAUAGAUACAGUGCUUGGUAUACCUGUAGCUGUGAAAAAGCUGUGUCGGCCGUUCCAGAACCAGACCCAUGCGAAGCGCGCCUACAGGGAGCUGGUGUUGCUGAAAUGUGUCAACCACAAAAAUAUCAUCCGUCUGAUCAAUGUGUUCACGCCUCAGAAGUCCCUGGAGGAAUUCCAGGAUCUGUACCUGGUGAUGGAGCUAAUGGAUGCCAGCCUAUGCCAGGUGAUCCACAUGGACCUGGACCAUGAGAGGAUGUCCUACCUGCUCUACCAGAUUCUCUGUGGCAUCAGACACUUACACUCUGUUGGCAUCAUCCAUAGGGACCUGAAGCCCAGUAACAUUGUGGUGAAGUCCGAUUGCACUUUGAAGAUCUUGGAUUUUGGCCUGGCACGAACAGCUUGCACUAACUUCAUGAUGACACCUUACGUGGUGACCAGAUACUACCGUGCCCCCGAAGUCAUUCUGGGCAUGAAGUAUAAGGAGAACGUGGACAUCUGGUCAGUGGGGUGUAUCAUGGGAGAGAUGGUUAAGGGCAGCGUGAUCUUCCAGGGCACCGACCACAUUGACCAGUGGAAUAAGGUCAUUGAGGUUCUGGGCACACCCAGUCUGGACUUUAUGAACAGACUUAUGGAGACUGUGAGGAACUAUGUGAUGAACAAGCCACAAUAUCCAGGCGUCAGCUUUGCCGAGCUUUUCCCCGAUUGGGCAUUCCCCUCUGACUCGGAGCACGACAAACUGAAGACUUGUCAAGCACGGGACUUGCUGUCCAAAAUGCUGGUUAUUGAUCCCGAGUGCCGGAUCUCAGUAGAGGAGGCCCUCAACCACCCCUACAUCCACGUGUGGUAUGACCCUGCAGAGGCAGAUGCGCCUCCACCCCAGAUUUCAGAUAAGCAGCUGGAAGAGAGAGAGCACACCAUUGAGCAGUGGAAAGAACUAAUUUAUGAAGAGGUGAUAGACUGGGAAGAGAGGAACAAGAAUGGCUUAAUGAAAGAAGAUUGUUCUGACGUGGUGUCGGGCUCAGCGUCCCAGUCCUCCUCGGCUAACGACAUCUCGUCCAUGUCCACGGAGCACACCUUGGCCUCAGACACAGACAGCAGCAGCAUCGACACACUGACGGGACCACUGGACGAGAGUCAGUGAACACAAUCCUUUGCAACAUCUGCCUGUCUGCCUGCCUCAGUCCACCUCCCAUUUACAAUGUCCAAAUAUCAAUCAUUUACUGCCUUCCUUUAUUCUGUUUACUUCCUCCCUUCUUCCCCCCAGUGUGUUUCUUCUUUCCUCUUUAACCUCAAUGAAAAGGUCUAUUUUUCUAUUUUCUUUCCCUGUAUGCUCUAAUGGAACGCUCCAAUUGGACUGCUGGUGAGAGGUCAAGGCUAUCUAUACUAUUCGUGGGUCAAAGUUUCCUUCUCUUUGUGGAUAUUGUUGUACUGGCGUAUGCACCCAUACUGAAUUUCAGGUCACCAGGAGAAAGUGGAGGAUUGUUGUUUGUUUUGUAUGCCUGUAUUUCAAUAGUUUUAUUUUUUUAGCUAAUAUUAAGUUGAGACCAGGGGUUGUCCUCAUCAAUUUAGUGCAGACCCUUCGUGGACAUAGACCACAGGUGCCAGCUGCUUUCAUGCAUGUUACGCCGAUAAGAACAAAAGCUUCCCAUAAGUCGAUCACACUAAGCGUCCGAUGUCCGUAUAAUGAUCAAACACUAAUCUGAUGUUUGAUGCAUCCUGUAGCUCGCUCACAGUAAAUGCUGAUCUCUAUAGUGGUGCUUGCGGCAGUGUUUUUGUUUUGGAUUCUUUGGCUUGAGUGAUGUGGAUUUGAGAUUUUACUCCUCUCAGUUAGGGGGUUAUUGUGAUUGCAGUGUUACCAUUUUAUUUCCUGAUAUAUUGUACUGUAUGUAAAGAUCUGACGCUCACCGUGACUGUUGACCCUUUUAUUUCAAAUACAGUAAAUACAGUGUGCUUAUUUUGUUAAGAAAUUCAAAUACAGUAUGUGUCAAACUAUAUAUUGCAAUCAUCCCAAUUUGAUAUAAGGUACAAAAUAUCAAUGUGUGUGUCAAAAGACUGAUGUAGUCCUAUUGAUUGUGAAGAGGCUGCAAAAGUAUUAUUAGUUUUUAUGUCUUGGCAAAAUGUUGCACAGGUUUCAUAUGGAGAGGCCCAUUCAAAAUAAAUGUCAAAUCAUUUUAUUAUCAGAUCAACGCAUGGGCUGGACCUUUUUCCAAACCAUUCCAUUAGUACAGGGACAGUCUCAAAAUAAUUCAUGGCUCCGUCAUCGUGUACUGCAAAGGUAGUCGAACACAAAUAAUGGUUACAAGACAAACCUGUUCAUUUUUAGGUUUACUGACGGCACCUUGAUGCUUGAUUCUGAAAAGCUGUUCAUGCCUGUUUAUGUUUUUCUUUCUUGCUUGUAAGCAUAUACGUGUCAGAUAUCUCCUUCAAAUUGCCCUUAAUGUCGGCAGUCGCCCCGUCAGCAGUGUCUAUGGCGGAUGUUGACCCAGCAACAAAGAAUAGGCUGUGGAUGAAGUGUACUGAAGCAAAAUCUUGCCCUUGCAAUUCAAGAAUGAAACUUGAAUGAUGAACCUUGGAAGUGGACUGAGGAGAUGCCUUUUUUUUUUUUGCUGAACUGAUUGCACAGUUUGAUGGACAUGUAGAAAUAUGACACUAUGGAGUCACUAAGGACUGGUGUGCCAUGUUUUCCUUUUUUAGCCAUGCCUUAAAUUACCUUUGACAUCCUGUCAAAUGAGGACUGAGUAUCAACGACGUCAUCAGAAUGUCUUGUGUGUUUACCACGAUAUCAAAGAAAGGCUUGUUGUACAAUGUCCAUCUCACAUUUUCGUUCAGAUUGACUCUCCUGUUUUCAAAGAUGUCCUCUGUGAUUGCAAUGAUCACAACAUUGUCACUUGGCCCUUACGCAACUAUAAUAAAGUGGACAUCAGUGA